AUCCAUUAUAGGGCAGGACAGCUAGCCUUUGCGUUUGGACUGAAAAGAGAGGGAGAGGGAGAGAGAGAGAGAGAGAGAGAGAGAGAGGUGGGGAGACAGAGGGAGGCGGAGGGAGCAUAUGACACAAAGGGGGAGAGGGAGAGGGAGAGAGAGAGAGAGAGAGAGAGAGAGAGAGAUCAGGGCAUAAGAGAGGGGAGAGAGAGAGGGAGAGGCUGCAGAUAUCGAUGGCAUUAACAAUGGAGCAUUAGGAUCCAGAGAGGGGGAUAGUCGGCCACACAACGGGGCUGAGGGCUACAGAUAUUUGAGGAGGGGGGCUCCUCCUCGGUGAGCACAGGGGGGAGGAGGAGGAGGAGGAGGAGGAGGAGGAGGAUGGGCCUCGAACACAGACUUGCAAUGGCACUGCAAAAAUUGGAUUAAAGCAGUAUGCUGGACAAGAGCGAGGUGGCAACUCUAGGCCUACCCUCCACUACCAGCCAUGGCGGCUCUGACAGCAACAUCAGUGCGGACGGGGCGGGGGCGGCAGCAGCAACAGCAGCAGCAGCAGCAGCGUCUGGGGUCAUGUCUGGGGGCGCUGAGUGUUCAGGGACCGGCGAGCCGCAGAGGACGCGUGCAGCUCUGGAGCACCUGCAGCAGAAGAUCCUAAAGGUCACCGAGCAGAUUCGCGUGGAGCAGGAGGCCCGUGACGACAACGUUGCAGAGUACCUGAAGUUGGCCCACAACGCCGACAAACAGCAGGCGUCCAGGAUCAAGCAGGUGUUCGAGAAGAAGAACCAGAAGUCCGCACAGACCAUCGCACACUUGCACAAGAAGCUAGAGCACUAUCACAAGAAGCUAAAGGAGAUAGAACAGAAUGGACCGGCCCGGCAGCCUAAGGAUGUCCUGCGGGACAUGCAGCAGGGAUUAAAGGACGUUGGGGCCAACGUUCGAGCUGGGAUUAGUGGUUUCGGAGGUGGAGUGGUCGAAGGGGUCAAGGGUGGAGUCUCUGCCCUCACCCACACAGCCGUGGUCUCCAAGCCUAGAGAGUUCGCCAGCCUCAUCAGGAACAAGUUUGGCAGCGCAGAUAACAUUGCUCACUUAAAAGACUCACUCGAGGACGGAGUCGGGGGCCACUCAGAGGACGCCCCCACACCUCGUGCCCUGAGUGGAAGUGCCACUCUGGUCUCGAGCCCAAAGUACGGCAGCGACGACGAGUGCUCCAGCGCCUCAUCCGGCUCCGGAGCAGGCAGUAAUUCAGGCGGGGCAGGGGGAGGAGGAGGAGGAGGAGGAGGAGGAGGAGGAGGAGGAGGGCUCUUAGGACCAACCAUGGGGAGUCCAAGACUGGACGGGCACCACCACCACCACCAUCACAUGCACAGCUCUUGGGACUCUCUGCUGGAGGGCCUGCAGGAGAUCAAGGCCAGCCAGGCACACAUGGAGGAAGCCAUCGAGGACAUGAAGGGCCAGCUGCAGAGUGACUACUCCUACAUGACACAGUGCCUGCAAGAGGAGAGAUACAGGUAUGAGAGACUUGAAGAACAGCUGAAUGACCUAACAGAGCUCCACCAGAAUGAGAUGACCAAUCUUAAACAGGAGCUUGCCAGCAUGGAGGAAAAAGUCGCCUACCAGUCCUACGAGCGAGCGAGGGACAUUCAGGAGGCUGUGGAGUCGUGCCUGACCCGCAUCACCAAGCUGGAGCUGCAGCAGCAGCAGCAGCAGGUCGUCCAGUUGGAGGGAGUGGAGAACGCCAACGCCCGAGCUCUGCUGGGCAAACUCAUCAACGUGAUCCUUGCGCUCAUGGCCGUGUUGCUGGUGUUCGUCUCCACCCUGGCCAACUUCAUCACCCCGCUGAUGAAGACCCGAGCCCGGGUGGCCGCCACCGUCCUGCUGACCUUGCUGCUGUUCGUCCUGUGGAAGCAGUGGGACUUCGUGGAGCCGUGGCUGCUGCCCAGCUGAGCUCCCCCACCGCCCGCCACAUGAGAGAGACUCCAGAGGGGACCAGGAGCUGGUUCCAACUCACUUAGGGACGCAGAGGCCGAAAUAGAAUGAGUGAAAAGGUGGAGCAUCUGAGGACAAAACGUGGCACUUUUGGUUGAGGAGCGAUCUGAGAUCUGAGAGGCGUUUACAAGGAAAGAACAGAAAAUACUCUGCUGACAUAAGACUUCAUCUCAUCUCGCCCAGAUCUGUUGGUGUUGAUGACCAAUCAUCGACUUGCAUUGCUGUCACCAAAUAACUGAGUUUCUCGGGAGAAAUCUUUGGAUCGUCUUUUUCUAAUUAUUUAUGAUACACGAAUUAUGAAGACUAGAGCAACUUAUAAUGACUUUAAAAUGCUGAUCAUGUUUCGCUGUAACCUUCAUGUUGAAGCUUUAGUAUAUUCGAGGGGAAAAGGGUUUUUUUCAUGAAUGUUAUGUGCUCAUGCAUGUCCUCAUAUGUGCACUAAGAUGCAUCUAGCUGGCAUGAGUUGACAUUUCAUUAAUGACUAAAUGAAUCUUCUUUAACUGCCAUUUUGUUGUCAGAAAUACAGUGCAGACAUGUUGUA